UAUCCAUUGGCCAGAGACAACUCCUUCGUUAUUGCUAUCUCACAAUUAUUAACACAUCUUCAAAUUCGUAACUUGUCCGUGGACACCCAUAAGACACCCAUAAGCUAUCGCCGUUACCAUUCAAAAUGGCUUCAACACAGACACAGAGCAAUACUCCGAUUAGCACCACUAGACUAAAACAAAUUGCGAUGGACGCUUGCCAAAGCGCUAUCGGUAGUGCAGAGUAUUACGAGCACUCAAGAGUCGAAGGUUGGAAUGGAACCAUCAUUAACUCUAUCCUGAAAGCGGUCAUAUCCGAAUCGACACCCGCGGGCUCCCAAAUGCCAGCUCAUAAAUACGUAGUCAACAGCACUAUUGUCCAACACCUCGUCCCAACCUCAGCCCUAAACAAGCCCAAAGGCGGAAGCGAAGCAAAGGCCGACAGCCCGCGCAUUACAACAAGUGACGGUAAUGAUGCCACCGCUACGGACGGAAAGCCACAUGUCGGCCGACGAGGCAUGCACUCCGCCACCCAAGCAUUCUGGAAUGAGAAGACAGACGGUAUGUGGAGCUUCAAAUAUGACGGCGGCGAGAGCAAGGGCAUGGACGUCGUUAUCAGCGUCAUUUGGGUCGGCAUAUAGUUGAAGAAUAAGGAAAAGAAGAGGGGCAACAAUCGACGCUACCAACAGUCGUCCUUGUAAAAAAUAGAAAGCAUCUUGUACGAUGUAUGAGGAAGAAACAAACAAAAACUGUAACUGUUCACAGCCCCUUACUGAUAUUUUGAAGGCUGUUGCUAGCACUACCUUGAACCAACAUCUUAGUGGUCAUAGGGGUGAUUUAAUCCAAUAG